AUGCAGCUGACUAACUCCAGCCUGAGACAAAGCACUUCUCACAAGAAUUCAGCGGAGACAGUACCAGCCGUGCCCACGAUUGUGUCUGGACAAAGUGACCAGAGGAGAACUGGGGAAGGCUAUGAGCAGAGUUUAUGGGACGAGGAAAUCCCAUGGUAUAACAUCUGCUUUAAUCCAAGAUCUUCUCAUGAAUACCUCAUCGUAAAAAGCCUCUUACAUUAUUCUGAAACUCAACCCCACCUGUUACCCGAUCGCCAUGUCUCUCCGCGGACCACCUGCCACCCUCCGCAAGACCUGGAGGAGAUCCACAGACGAGUCCUACUGGGACAACUUCCCUCUGGGCGCUUCUACCCCCAGUCCCGACCGCGGAUCACGUCCCCAAAGUGCCGUAGAAGCGCCCCGUCUCCUCCAGAGAGAAGAGAGAGCUGGGAGAAGGCGAGGAUAAGCCAACCGCCAAAGAAGGAGCAAAGCAGAGUGAGUUUUCUGACGCCGGUGAAAAUCGGUUGGCUGCCAAUCAGGAAGAAGGUGACCAUGGUGGGGGAGCAGGGCCGUGGUUCUCACCCUUCAACACAGCAGGUGAAGUUGAAACCACCCAUCACGCCCACAGUAAUGAAUACCACCUCAUCAUCUGCAAAGAGCCCUGAAGGGGAGGAGCAGCGGAGUCAGGGUAAAGCCAACGGUGGACUGAGGACUGCGUGGAAGAACCAGGACCCUGCAAUCAACAAACAGGGGCCAGAGAGGCAUUUCCCUGCUGUCACCGGUGGCGAUGGGCCGGUGAGCUGGCAGUCCCUGAAGCGAGGCUGGAGACUCAACCGGGUUUUAGCUCUCCCGGGAUCAAGUCCGAAUACGAAACCGGAAUCGGAGAAAGCGUACGUUCCGAAAAGACCUCAAAGACCUUCGAGUUGUUACGGAAAUGUUUUGGAAAAUUCUGUGGGAGUUGAGGAGAAGAAGUUGCAACCGCUUGUGAGGACAUUGAGUCUUGAUUCUACGCAGAGAAAUGGCCUUAGAAGCUUGGAUGUUAUGCCGGCGAAUGGGGGGAUAUUGGAACUAUCAAAGAACGGGAAUAGAGAAACGGCGGUUCCAACUCUAAAACUGAUCAAAAGUCCUGACCCUGACCAAACUCCGGAGGACGUCCUGGCUCUGAACGCCGCCGCCAUCAUCGCAAACAUCAAACUCCAACGGAAACUCAGCAAGAAGAAAACGCCAAGUGGAAAAUCUGAGAACGGCUCUUCUCCUUCACCACAAGAUCACUGUGCUGUAGAAGAUCCAGCCCAGGACUCUGCAGAGGACGGGAACAGCGAGACCAAAGCACGCACCGCUGCCUUCGUGCCUCUGAGCAGCGACAUUCAAAGGUCAACUCCCAAUAUGUCUCUACAGGAGGCUCUGCUCAGGUCUCGUCCGGACCUCAUCAGUCGAUCCAAACGUAGGACCGAAGACCUGCAGAGACGAGUCCAGCAGAGGAGAUGGACCAACUCCCAAUCUGCACAAACUGGGAAUACUGGGAAAAGAAAUCAUCUUUUAAAAACAAGAAGACAGCAACCCACUUCCAAAUGGCCCACGGAGCUGCAGAGGAGACAGGAGGAAGAGGCUCGGAGAGAGGAGAAUUUGAGCAACAGACAACGAGCCGAUCUGUUUAAAAAGAAACUUUUGGACCAAGUACUUCAGCGAGGCAAAGACUGA